AUGAACGGGGAGGGGGGCGCCGAGGCGGAUGAUGCCGGGCGCGACGCGACGACCGCGGCGUCGACCAGCGGUGAACCCACCGAACAAAACGGCUCGUUCGUGCCGCCGUCCAUUCGCAGCGGGGAGCACGGGGAGUUGGGCCCGAGGCGGACGAUGGAGGACGCCAGCUCGUGCAGGGAGGGUGUUGUCGCCGAGGGUUGCGACGACCCGCUGGCGUUCUACUGCCUGUUCGACGGGCACGGCGGGAGGGGAUGCGCGGACUUCCUCAACGAAAGGCUUGUGGCCAAUAUCACCUCGGAUCCGUCGUUCGCGAAGGACCCGGCGCAGGCGAUGAGAGACGCGUUCCAGCGCACGGACGAAGACUUCAGAGCGUCGAUGGGCGCGGAAGGAGACGCGUCGGGCUCCACGGCGCUGGCGCUGUGCGUGAGGGGCGGGACGCUCCUCGUGGCCAACGCCGGCGAUUGCCGAGCGGUGCUGUCGCGUCGGGGGCGAGCCACGGACCUCUCCACCGACCAGCGGCCGAGCUGCUCCACGGAGAUGUCGCGCAUAGAGGCGGCGGGGGGGUCCGUCGAGGACGGGUACAUCAACGGGCACCUGGGCGUGGCGAGGGCCUUCGGCGACUUCCACAUAGAGGGCCUCAAGGGGAAGGCGGGGGGCGAACCCGGUCCGCUGAUCGCGACGCCCGAGGUGGAGACGCACGCUUUGACCCACGAGGACGAGUUCGUCAUCAUGGCGUGCGACGGGCUGUGGGACGUGUUCAGCUCGCACAACGCCGUGGACUUUACGAGGCUGGCGCUGCGCAGGCACAACGACCCGUCGACGGCGGCGAGGGAGCUGGCGCUGGAGGCGCUCCGAAGGGACUCGUGCGAUAACGUGACCGUGAUCGUCGUUUGCUUCUCGGAUGAUCCCCCGCCGGAUAAGAGGGUGGAGGGUAGGACGGCACCGAUGCGGUUCGGGCGGACCAUCUCCAGCGAGGGGCUGAGCUCGCUGCAGAAGGCGAUCCGGGACGACGACGAGGCGGCGAUUGAGGCGAUUCAAAAUUCGCCCGCCCCGGCGAUGCGACCUCGGGGGCUGACGCGCGUGAGCAGCAUCAACCCGUCGAGCCCGAGCCGGGGGAAGAAUCUGAGCGGGGGGUUCUUGAAUGCGCUUGAUAAUCUGGACCUGAGCAUGGAGGGGAGUCUGACGCCGCUGGCGGAGGAGACCAACACGAGAGGUUCGCCGGCAAGUGCGGAGAAAUAAAUAAGAGUCCCGGAGCGCGUGGUCACGCCGGUGUUGUCAAUGAUGAGAAUGCAAUGGUUUAUUGCC